UUUUUGCCCGGCUUCUUUGCUUUAGUCAUUAUUCUGUGUAUUCCAAAGUGGACCAAAGUACUAAAUAAAGUUGCACAGCCGCAACCGAAGUGCUUUCUCCAAAAAAUACGAGUCUACGAUGUUUUAAAUUUAAAACCACGGUAUAAUAGCCUCAUAGCCAUCGUAGUUUUCGUAAAAUACAAAUAUAUAAGUUAAAUCUUAUAUGGCUCCACCACGAAGGAUUUCUAGAGAGCAGUUGGAGGUGAUGAUAGAUUUUCUAGAGCAGAAUAAAGGGAUGUGCAUGGGAACGCCUUCAAACGGUACAGCGGCGUCCACGGCCACCAGUGCCCACAACGCUGUGCGACAAACUUGGAACGAGCUCGGCAAACUGCUCAAUGCUGUACCGGGAGGAGCUUUGAAAACUGCAGAUGGUUGGAAAAAGUAUUGGUUUGAAUGGCGACAUAAGAGUAGAAAAAAAGCAAAUGAUGCUAGACGGUUUGAAGAAAAUCCUCAUGGUGGUCCAAGCAGGUUCGCUCCACUUAAUGACUUGGAAGUCAGAGUAUUAGAACUAAGCGGCAGCAAUUUAGUGAGAUCUAAGUCAAAACCUAUUAAAGAACUAGAAAACAUGUUGGCUGAUAAUUCUGACAGUGAUCCCAUUGGGCAUCAUUCUCCAGAAAAUAUUAAAGCCGAGCCACUGCCAAUACACAAAGUUCAUAAAACAAGGAGUUCUACCAAAGGAUCUGCAGCACCUGAUGAAGCUAGACACGGAACGCCACCUCCACAAUGGGCUUUAGAACUAGAAGAAAGACGAAUUGCAGCCGAGGAGCGUAUGGCUGCAGCAUUAGAGUCCAUGGCAUCCAUUAUGAGGCUUCAAGAAGAGCGGAGAUCCAUGCUAGAUGAGAGGAUAGCAGACACAUUGACAUCUGUUGCUGGAAAUUUCCAAGAACUCAAUAGUGGAGUACAAGAAGCUGUGAUGCACCUACAAAGGCUACGUCCUGUCCAGUCAAGUGGGCCCGAUAUCAAAGACCAUGUCUUCAUUUAAAUUAAUACUAUGAAAAAAUAGGCAGCAUUUUGAAAAAGAAAUGUAUUUUAACAUCUAGUCAACAUGAAUAAAAAUUGAGUUAUUUCGAAUAAGAAAUGAAAUGACAAAUACGUAUAUUGUUGUCAGGGCUUGGAACCGUUUUUUUUUUUUUAAACCCCGAAAUAGCUCAAUAUUUUUAAUUAUUUUAUGCUCUUUAGGUAGGACUGAAUCAUGUAUUUAGGUAAAAUUUCCUAUUAUUAAAUUGUCCCAUUAAAAAUGAAAUAAUAUACCAAAGAACGUAAUAAUACCGGUAUUUUUUCUAUGAAGAAAAAAACCGGUUCCGAGCCUUAAUUGUAGUAAUUUAAUAAGCAUGGCAAUGAUGUAGGAAUAAUGGCUGCUAUAAAAAGAAUAAAGGCUGGUCCUUUAAAUGUUAUUAUUAUUACACUAUGUGUAAACAAAACCAAUGUACAAACAGCAACACUCUUAACUGUACAUCAGUAGACCUUAUUACAAAAGGCAUAAGGUCCACCGAUGGACAGAGUGUGGGCGAUGAUACUUAAAUUGGAUUGGAUUGUGAUUUUAUAUAAAAUGAGCAAUAAUUAUUAACUUGUAUAAUAAUUUCAUCAUAAAAGGGUAUCAAGAAUUAUUUAAAGACUGGUUGACCCUGAUUUA